AUGAAACUUUACAUUCUUGCAACUGUAUGUACGUUUGUGGCAGCAGCCACUGCUGCUGUUAUUCCAUCAACCGAUCCAUUGUCUACUCUCAAACUAAGUAAGCGGUCUAUUGCUGACAAGGGCGAUGCGUCGGACGAUAGCAAUGCUACAGCUGAACCCAAGAACAACUUUAGCAUUGGGGACAUUUUCAGUGGAGUCAAAACCAUUAUCGACAAGAUUGGAAAAAAAGGCGGUAAAGGCAUCGAGGCUGAUCCCGCUAGUGGUGAUGGUGUUGGUAACGCUGAUCCAAAUACAGAUGGAAAUGCUGAUCCAGCUUCUACCGGUGAUGGUACCGGCGACACUCCCGCUCCAGCCGAUGGAAAUGUUGAUCCAGCUUCUACCGGUGAUGGUACCGGCGACACUCCCGCUCCAACCGAUGGGAAUACCGACUCAUCUCCUUCAAAAACUGGAAAAAAGAUAAUCGAUACCAUUGGUGGAAUCUUUGGGGGUAAAGAUGGCGGUGGUCUAGGUGGAAUCUUUGGGGGUAAAGGUGGCGGUGGUCUAGGUGGAAUCUUUGGGGGUGUCUAA